AUGUUCUCCUUCGUCGCUGAAUCCAAGAUACUGUGGGGCUUGUACCAAGUGUUAAACAGUGUGUCGACACCUCUCCUGCUGACCAUUGGCGCUCUAUUACUGGUGCUGCGCCUGGCUCUGGUUUUGCGGGAGAUACGGAAGCUGCCGCCGGGCCCGUGGGGCCCGCCUGUUGUCGGCUACCUUCCGUUUCUUGGCGUGCGGCAUAAGACUUUUUUGGAACUCGCACGCCAUUACGGGACACUGUUUUCCGCUCGGCUUGGUAAUCAACUGACUGUUGUGCUAAGUGACUACAAGCUCAUCAGGGAAGCCUUCCGAAGAGAGGAGUUCACUGGGCGGCCCAGCACUCCGCUCAUGCACACUUUGGAUGGCCUGGGCAUCAUCAACAGCGACGGACGACUCUGGAAGAGUCAGCGUCGGUUUUUGCACGACAAGCUGCGCGAGUUCGGGAUGACAUACAUGGGAAACGGGAAAAAAAUCAUGGAAGGCAGAAUACUGGACGAGGUGUUAGGACUCGUGUCAACACUGAGACGGUCCGAAGCUUCGCCAGUGGACGCCAAUCCCGUUCUCGCGUUAGCUGUGUCUAAUGUUAUCUGCGGGAUCACCAUGUCUGUAAGAUUCAGCCAUGGUGACGCAAGAUUCGAAAGACUAAAUUUCCUCAUCGAAGAAGGCAUGCGGCUCUUCGGUGAGGUACACUAUGGGGAAUAUGUGCCGCUAUACAACUAUCUGCCGGGGAAAGCUCAAGCCAAAGAAAAGGUGGCUAAGAACCGCGCAGAGAUGUUUGAAUUUUACCAGACCCUAAUUGAUGAACAUCGCCAGACUUUGGACCUGGGCAAUGCUAGAGAUCUGAUUGACGUCUACUUGAUUGAGAUCGAGAAGGCCAAAUCAGAAGGCAGAGCCGGGGAAUUAUUUGAAGGUCGUGAUCACGAACUUCAACUGAAGCAAAUUUUGGGCGAUCUUUUUUCCGCUGGCAUGGAAACGAUUAAAUCUUCUUUACUGUGGAUGAUCGUUUUUAUGCUGCGGAAUCCAGAAGUGAAGAGGAAGGUACAGGAGGAACUUGACGCUGUCGUCGGCCGGGAUCGUCUCCCGAAUAUCGAAGAUAUGCCAAAUCUUCCAUACACGGAGACCACCAUUCUUGAGACGCUUCGCAUGUCCAGCAUCGUCCCCUUGGCUACCACACACUCUCCUACUAGGGACGUUAUGCUGGACGGCUACAAGAUCCCGGCUGGGUCGCAAGUCGUGCCGCUCAUCAACUGCGUGCACAUGGACCCAAACCUGUGGGAAGAACCUAAGCAGUUCAAUCCAAGCAGGUUUAUUGAUGACAGCGGCAAGAUCAGAAGACCGGAGUACUUCAUGCCCUUCGGAGUCGGCCGACGAAUGUGCUUGGGAGACAUACUCGCCCGCAUGGAGAUGUUUAUGUUCUUUUCGAGCAUCAUGCAUCAGUUUGAUGUAUGCCUCCAUGAGGGCGACUCCCUGCCUUCGUUGGAAGGCAUUGUAGGGGCAACGAUAGCGCCGAAGGCAUUCCGAGUCAAGUUUGUACCGCGAGGGGAGCCCGAGCCCCCCGCGCCCCUCCCAGACCACCCCCUGCUGCGCCACGUCGGCGCGCACUAGUAGGCUCCGGUGCACGCGCACUAGUAGGCUCCGGUGCACGCGCACCCAACGCCGCUACCCACCCACCAGUAUUCACUGAUCACUCGUUUUAGAGCGCAUCGACAACCAUUUAUUUAAGUCUAGUUUUAAGUUAUUAAAGACAUCGCUGUUACGAUAGUCGAGGCUGUGCAAAAAAGUGUUCAAUAUUUGUAAUGUGAACUGUAGCUUUAGGUUAACGAAUUGAAAAUUCCCAUCGUUGAGAUUAUAUUAAUGUUUAUAUUAAUGUGUGUUUGCAGUAUUAUGUUCAUAGAUUUUAGUUAGAUUAGUUCAAGCGCAAAUGACACAUCACUAAACGUUAUUUUGUAGUAAUUUAUAAGUUGAUUAAGCUCUAGUACCUAUACCAAAUUAAGUUUAUUCUAGAUCAUUAUUUAUUAGUAGGUAUUACUUGAGUGUUGUAUUUUGAGUGUGAUCUCAUGCCUUCAAGGAUGUACGUAUGACUGUACAAUGAAUGGUAUUUAAUAUCUAGCUUUUCUGAACGAGAAAAGAAAUAUUGGUUUGAAACAUCCCUAACAUAAUUGACCUGCAGCUAGUCUUAAGUGAGUUGAUAGGUUUUAACUACAAAUAAAUAAAUACUGUCCUGUUAAUUUGUGUAAGUUUAGUCUAUACUGAAUUAUGAUUGUUUUGAAGAAUGAGAUAUGAGGACUUGUGUCAAGACUAAGACGGUCUCGUGGAAUCGUCGCCAUGUCUGUAAGAUUCAGUAGAUAUCGGUGACUCAAGAUUUUAGACUCGAUGUCACAUUGGAGAAGGUGGAGAAUAUGUGCCCCUAUCCUGAAUUAUUACUGUUUUUUUUGCCACCAGUUUGUUUACUUUAGUCAUUUUUACUUUCAACUCACCGUUAGUGUAGGCAUAUUACCAUUUAUUUACCAAGCUUUGUA